GGGACGGUGCUGCCGCUCCUCUCCUCCACCCGUCGGCUCACACGCGGCUCUCUCUGCUGUAUGGUGGACAUCCUGCUCAAUACUUCUUUCUUGGAUGAUAUGGGGGAUCAUUCAAAAAAGAAGUCGGGAAUCGCAAUGUGUGUGGGCUGUGGAAGUCAAAUACACGACCAGUACAUCCUGAGAGUGUCCCCGGACCUGGAGUGGCAUGCAGCCUGCCUCAAGUGCGCGGAGUGCAACCAGUAUCUCGACGAGACCUGCACAUGCUUUGUCCGAGAAGGAAAGACUUAUUGUAAAAGAGAUUAUGCGAGGCUUUUUGGCAUCAAAUGCGCAAAGUGCAACACGGGCUUCUGCAGCAGCGACCUGGUGAUGAGAGCGCGGGACAAUGUGUACCACAUGGAGUGUUUUCGGUGCUCGGUGUGCAGCCGGCACCUCCUGCCGGGAGACGAGUUCUCCCUGCAGGACGAGGAGCUGCUGUGUCGGGCUGACCACGGCCUGCUGCUGGAGCGGUCUGCAGGGAGCCCGCUCAGCCCCGGGGCCGUGCACAAGAGACCCCUGCACAUCUCAGAUCCCAUUUCUGUUCGGCAUCCAUCUCAUCGGAACCACGUCCACAAGCAGUCGGAGAAGACCACCCGAAUCCGGACGGUGCUGAACGAGAAGCAGCUGCACACCCUGCGGACCUGCUACAACGCCAACCCGCGGCCGGACGCCCUGAUGAAGGAGCAGCUGGUGGAGAUGACCGGCCUGAGCCCCAGGGUGAUCCGGGUCUGGUUCCAGAACAAGCGCUGCAAAGACAAGAAGAGGUCCAUCCUCAUGAAGCAGCUCCAGCAGCAACAACACAACGACAAAACCAACUUGCAGGGCCUGACAGGGACGCCUCUGGUAGCAGGAAGUCCUAUACGCCACGACACCGGCGUGCAGGGGAAUCCUGUGGAGGUGCAAACCUACCAGCCGCCGUGGAAAACCCUCAGCGACUUCGCCCUGCAGACUGACCUGGACCAGCCUGCUUACCAACAACUGGUGUCUUUCUCCGAGUCGGGCUCCAUGGGCAACUCUUCGGGCAGUGAUGUGACCUCGCUGUCGUCGCAGUUACCGGACACACCGAACAGCAUGGUGCCGAGUCCCGUCGACACGUGAGGAGGCGGCGGGUCAGCUGGAGCCCCGCGCCCUCACCCGGGGCGCCCUCACCCGGAUCUCCUGCAAGACUCCUCUGACGAGACAAUGGAUUAUGCUGCAGGAUACUUUAAAGUCUGUCGGACUGCUGCCCUGGCGGCUUUAUAUCCAAGGCAAUGCAGCCGAAUGAAGGUCCUGGAUACACAUCUGUAAAUGGACAAAAAUGGGCCUAUACGCUAUAAAGAACACCUUUGCCUGAACUGGACACAAUUGGAAUAUGUGAUGGGAUUCCAACACGCGAGCCUGUGAUGGACGUCUGAACAGCAGUGGUUACAGUAUGUUUGUCAAGAGAAAUACAACCUGUGUAGAUGUGCAUGAUCUGUAAUUUCAUUAUCGACUCUUGUAAAUUAUUGGAACAGAUGGGAGGUGCGCACUGUUCGUGUUUUCUCCAGAAAAUAAGUUAUUAUUAUUUAUUUUGAUGAAAGAUAUAGAUGAUCUUAUCAAUAAAACAACUGAUUAUUGCAUGCAUAAUCUAUUUGUUCCAUUACAUGUUUAGAUUGAUUUUAAAUACAUGGUCAAAAUAAAUCAUCUGCUGCUUAAAAUGCUGUAAAGUGAAGGCGACACCUCAA